AUGCCCACCUUCGUCAUCCUCCGCAACGGCUCCGUCAUCGAUACCAUCCAGGGCGCCAACCCCCCCGCGCUGACGGCGGCGGUCGAGAAGGCGGUUAAGUUGGCGGGUGGUGGUGCGGGUGGGGGUGGUGGUGCGAUGUUUGCUGGGUCUGGGCAGAGGUUGGGGGGGAGCGGGGUGGGGAGGCAGAGUGUGGUUAGGCCGGCGAAGUGGGAUAUGAAGGGGUUUGUGGAGGGGUUGGUUGCGUUUUUUGGCUUGUACUUUUGGUCGUUGCUCUCGCUCGACCCUUACAAGGCGGCCGAGAACUCGCCGUUCAACAAGAGGAACAUACAGGCGGCUAAGGCACAGUCAGGGGGAAGUGGGACGAGACUUCCUCCCCGCCCUGGGUUCAAGACGCUGGCCGACUUGGGUAGUGAAUAA